UUUAAGGAUGAGUUUUUAUCUACGGCAAUAGUGGUUUCGGUGGCUAAAAGAUCUGCUUCAUCAGACUGGUUCUUUUGCGAAAGCGUGCGAUACAAUGGAGAAUAUACGCUGGAAAAGUUUGGUGGUGGUGAAAGAUACUUUGCGAUGCAGUGCAGAAAGAAUAUGGGCCAGUUUACUACAUGAUGCCAUCGAACGCAAAAAAGGACGAGUACUAGUAUAUUUGUUUACGUCAUGUAAAAAUACCUUGAUAAAGCGUUACCCUUUUAUGUUGCAAUGUUCGCUAGUAGAAGAAAUCAAUUCAUUCGUCAAUAUUUUUCGUAAAAUCACAGAUUUCUUAAAAAAUGCUGAAAAUACAACAGUUUUCCUAGAUUCGAUUGACAUUGUUAUCUUGGACAGUUCUUUCGACCGAGUGAUUGUGCUGCUGAAAGAAAUUUCGCAAUACGCCACUGUCAUUGCACGAAUGCACGAUGAGUGCAUUUCUGCGCAGAAUUGGGAGAAAUUGAGUUCCGUUUCUCAUAUAACAUAUUCUUUAGAACUCAGUGACAUGAUGACACCUCUCUGUACUAUUGUUUCAUAUAAGAGUGAUGGGAGAAGAAUUGUAAAGAUGGGAACAGUGUGUGUCGAUGAUUCAUUCCGCUCAUUUUUCAAGCAAUACAAAGUGCAAGGUGCGAAUACACCUGCUAAGAAAAGUGGUAACUUGCCGAUACCUGAGAGUUCUUUCGAUGUCGGCCUUCAUUUGAAAAAGUCAGAGCUUGAGGCCAGAGAGCACGUGUCUUUACCUCACGAAGCUGCUCAGAAAAAAGAAGAAUUGGUAAGGUUGCGUUUGAGGAGAAAUCGAAAGAUUCGAGCUGGUGGUCGUAUUAUUUACACUCCAGACGAAGCAGAUGAUUUCGAUGAGAGUGAUCCCGAUGACGACCUUGAAAUUUAAUUUCUUCGUUUGAGUUACAUAUACUGAACUCGAGUUGCUUUAUACUUUUCAUUUUUUUCUUUCAAAUCAAAAUUAUUCAUUAUUUUAUGCUCCCGAUCUCUAAUUUGGCCAUUUUUCAUUGUAGGACUUGACAGGAUUUUAGCUGUGAAGUAUAUGCCCGGUUCAUACUUGUGUUUUUAUAAGAACCCAUGGUCUACUUGUUCUUUUUGACCACUUUUUUCUGAUUGUGUGUGAUUCUGACUGAUUCUGACCUUGAUCUUGUUAGAAAUGAACCAAGCUAAAAUAAAUUCUCUUGUGUCAAUUUUCUUUCCUUAAGCGAGGAAAAAUACGUUUCUUGUAUAUGUCCGGUUCAUACUUGUUUCCAUAGGAACUCGCAGUCUACUUGUUCUUUUUGAACCUUUUACUCACAAUUUUCGUGUCCCAACUGUUUAUUAUUUGUCCUUCUGAAGCCAGAGAGCCGUUAAUUUUUAAUAUACACAAAUAAAACGGAUCAUUCUCAGUUGGCUUUUGGAAAAAGGUUUUCCAAAAUAUAGUACAUAUAAGUUAAUUAGUAUUUUGCAGCAGACGAAGUGAGCUGUGAUCUAAGAUAAUAAAUUUCCCAUUUUCUGUGUUUAUGUUGUUCAGUCGUUGAAAUAGGAACCAUAUGUUAUUCUUGAUUUGGCUGAUUGCAUUUCAUGAUUCCUGCGCUUAUGCUGUUUCCAUUUUUUUUCUUUGAAUGCUUUAUAAGAAAGCGUAUGAUAAGAAUCGUAUUAAUAGAGUUUUCGCCCGCGAAAGAACAAGUGUAAAGUAGAGAGGGUAUUGGGUGACAAAUGAAUACAGAUAGAGCAGCCAAAACUAUUUUAGCAGUUU